AUGUCUCUGGAUCUUGAACAUCAUCUCACCUUUUAUGGUGCUUACCACCAUAAUUCUGUCAAUAUUGCCAUUCACAUGGUCUGCGUUCCCCUCAUUCUCAUCUCGGGGUUCUCUCUGGCCACAUACAGCGGCACUCUCAUCCACACACCGGAGUGGCUCACUGUUCCUUACUUGGAGCUUAACCUUGGCAUCAUUGCUGCUAGUCUUUACUCCCUGCUUUAUCUGCUGUUGGAGCCUUUUGCUGGCUUUCUUUUGGCCAUCUUCUGCAUGGGUGGAGCAGCUUUCGUCAACUACUUGCGCCAACAGAACCCCGACUCAACCUUCCAGGGUGCUCUGGCUGUGCACAUCGUCUGCUGGAUCUUCCAGUUCAUCGGCCAUGGAAAGUAUGAGGGCCGUGCUCCCGCUCUGCUCGACAACCUUAUCCAGGCCGUCUUUCUGGCUCCCAUGUUUGUGUGGCUUGAAAUUCUGUUCAAGUUCGGAUAUCGACCUGAGCUCCGAGCUCGUGUCAGCAAGAAGGUCCAGAUCGAGAUUGAGAAGUUCAGGGCUAAGAAUGGCAAGGCUCAAUAG